AUGAUAGAUUUUCAAAGUAUUAUCUGGUAUUUUUCCUGCCUAUCAAUCUUUAUCAUAGCUAUGGACGGUCUAGGCUUUGAUUUGGUAAGGCAUCAAUCUAUUUUAGAAAAUUUACUAAAUUUUGGACAUGAUUUCCAGAAUUUCUAUUAUCGAAAUGGCUGCAAUUCAAAUAAAAUUGUCUUCUGUAAUACAGUUAAUAAUACACUUGAGUUUAUUAGUAAAUGAAUUUUAACAAUAUUAAUAUAAACAUGAAAAAUUAAAGGGCUGAGUUCACAAGCGAUGAACCUUAAUAUAUUUAAUUUAAUUCAAAAGUAGAUAAAAUGUUUUCUUAUAAUAAAUUCGAAGAAAAUAAGUUGGCCUCUAAUUCAUGAUAUUAAAGCAACUAAAACUAGACUUUUGUUUUGGUUUGUUGUUAAUUGGACAAUUAACAUAAAAAAAUCUGGUAUAGCAAUACAAAUUUGUUAA